AUGCUAGAUAAACUUCAGUUCCUAGAUGAUCACUACAGGACCAAGAAUUACAGGACAUCCUGUCCACUCUUAUUUCUCGACAUCUUUCACAUCCCGACAUAUUCGAUCGAUAUUACCUCAAUUGCACUUGAACACAAGCUGGAUUCCGUUCUACACGAUUCCUGGGUGAAGGAUGCAGUUCAGCAGUUUGUCACUCAUCAUUUACUUUAUGGUCCCUGGAUUGAUGUGCAGUCAUCUCUAUUGGUCUACAGUGUGCUGGCUAUCAUGCUGUAUCCAUUGGACGAAAACUAUGCUCGUCUAUUCUACCGUGAGGCACAUCGACAUUUUAUUGAUUCAUGUUUUCCUAUACUAGACCAAAAAGAACAAAACCAACAUUUGAUUGAAGCAGCUGUACUACUGGCUCAUUUCCAGUGUAUGGCAAUUAGUGAAGAACAGGCAUUCAUGACCAUUCGUUUGGGCCUUGAUUUGGCUCAAUCAAAAGGUAAUCUGAAUGGAGCUCUUCUAAGGACCCUGGACGCUUGGUAUAUUUGGCUCACUGUACACCUUAGAAGGCCCUACUUUGGUGAACUUGACGCAAGCAUGAAACCAACUGGCCUAAAUGACAACCAAUUGUGGGCGUUUGAGAUGACAGAGGCCUAUACUGACUUUCUGAAACGAAUUAUUUUGGAAAGAAGAUCAACUGACUUGAAAUUAAUCCAGGAUUCACUUGACUCUAUUAUCAAACCAAAAAGACAGCCAUGUAAUACACUCGAGAUUCUCGAACAGGCUGUUCUCUUGUAUCAUCAUAUGCUAAUCAUCCAACUCUACAGCACAAUCGACGACGAAGAAGACAUUUGUUCAGAAAUAUGUCUAGACAUGCUCAAGCUCAUCCAUCAGAUACUCUCAAGGACAGAUACAAAAUGUGUUCCUUUUGCAGUCUUACAUUCUGUUUGUUUCCUCUUUACAUGUGUCUCCAACAAGAGGUGCCCUGAGCUCCUUACGCAGUUUAUUCAGCUUCUAAAAGAGUUUUCUUACAUUAACGUAUUUGAAAAAACCUUGGAUAAGCUACUUGUCCAAGAUAUGGACUUGCCUCAUAAUGAGGCGCCUAGUCCCUGUUCAAAAGAAGCGAUUAAGAAUAAACGACCGAUAUCAGACUUUGAUCGAGAACAACUUGACAAGUUACAUAGGGGCGCUGAAGAACACCAGCAGCAUAUGCAGCAAAUACAACAACAACAACAGCAACAGCAGCAGUAUUUAUUCUCAAAGUACGUUUCUCCUGCAAGCGUACCAAUGGUCGGACAAAAAAGAAGCAUGAAUUACAAUUUGGGUCUAGUUGAUUAUUACGAGCAGCCAGAUAAACGUCAACAGUUCCAGCAGUUUAAUCCAUAUAUGCCUGUUGCUAAAAAGGUCAAGACAUUUGAGGAUUAUACCCUUGAGGAUAACCAUCCACACAGUCAAACUCAUGCCACAACAGCAACAAGCAGCAGCAGUAGUAGCAGUGGCGGAAGCACGAGCCAUACCUCGCGCGCAAGGGAAGUUGGAUUCUUGGAUAGUACAGAAGAUGCAGCACUCAUGUACGACAUUUUUAUGGUAGAUAACCCUCCAUUCUAUGAAGACAAAAAGGAUGAACUUCUCUAUCAGACAAAAUUACCUCUUCCUCAACCAACAAAGCAAGCCUCUGUCCUCAAGACCAGCUGGGCUGCACCCUCGGCUUCUACCCAGAGACCGUGGUCAAAGUUCUUUCUUGAAUCCGAAGUUCAAACACUUCAUUAUCAGACAUCGUCUUUGGUCAAUAACUUUGGUGAACCUUUUCUCUUGCAGGAUGAUGCACUUAUUCAGCAAAGCAAAAAGGCAGCUGCUCUCAUCCAUCAUCAGAGACAGCCCAGCUUUUCGGAUAGCAACAGUAGUAGUACAACAAGUCCAAAUAGUACAAAUAGUCAUUAUUCAAAGAGGCAACAUAGUAGUCGACAGUCCUCUGUUGAUGCUAUGGCAGCUGCUGUCUGGGUAACUGGGUUUCCAGGAAACAUGUCAAAGCAGCAACCGUCAUCUAGUACCUCACAUCAUCCUGACUAUACUCAUCCAUCUCAAGCACAACCAACGAUAGAUGAUCAUCAUGGAGAAGGCAGAUGGCUGCUGGAUUGA